AGUGAAAAAGUGGCUGGAGCCGGUCUCGCUAACGUGAUGUCCAAGAUUUUGCAUCCGGAUAUCGCUGACGCAGACGACGGCCCCAUUCUGGCCAAGGACAAUCAAGUGAAACGGAAGAUUGAGGAAACGAGUAAGGAAGAGAAAUCACGGAAACUGACGGCGCUGGAGAAGAAAGAGCGCAAGGAAAAGGGCCACGUGGACGCCAGCAAAUCGUCACGCAUGUACGAGCGAAAGCUGCAGAAGGUCGCGACGAGGGGAUUGGUCAAACUAUUCAACACCAUCCGCAAGCAACAACAAGAGCUGGAUGCUAAUCUGGACGGCGUAGCAGAGGGCAAGAAGAAGAAGGUCAUCAACGAGACCCUCGACAAAGCGAAGUUUAUAGACAUGCUCAAGACAAAGACCAUCAGUAAGGAGACUCAACUGGCCGCACGACUGACUGGAGAUGGGGCGGAGAGUGCGGGAGCCACGACACAGCCCAAUGCCAGGCAGAAUGGGGUGGACUGGUUAAGUACAGACUAUCUUAUGACUCAUAAGAUGAAGCACUUUGACCGAGAGACGACGGACCUCGAGGUCGUGGACGAUGGGGGCCACGAAGAGGUCAAUUCGGAUGAGGAGUAG